AUGGAAGUCGGGCAGGUCCUCAGCCGCACCUUUACACUCAAGGACACACAUACGGCUCGGCGUGAGUUGAUUGUGACCGUCGCCGACGCACGCGACGUCCACCCAGAGAAUGUACGACGCGCGUUGGGCAGCGCCGUUCUUUUAGGGUUCCCUGCGCCGUCGUUUACCUUCGGAAGUGAUCUGAUUCUUCCCGCUGAAACAAACGGACAACUUCGGGCGUUGUUGGGCACGAAAACACGCCAAGGGAGGAGAACAGAAUUUGGUCUCCACGACGCUGAACUUGAGGUGGAGGACCUUUACACCUACCUAGCGUCGGUGGCCGACCUCCACAGAGAAUCAACGUCGAUUUACGUCCCGGAGGUGCUCGCGGCCUCGGCGUACCUCCAAAUGCCAGAGGGGGUGCAUUUUGUCAAUAUUCGUGCGUGGAGUCUGGAAAACCUUUUUUCGGCGGUUUCCAUCUGGGACAUCCCCUUGGUGAAGCCUCGUUUUGGCUGCUCCUUCGAUACGGCUCUAAGCCUGAUGGGGUAUCGCAUGGGCGACGUCAUCGCCAAUGCGCUCGAGGCAUUCAAGCUGGGGGCAACGUGUGAGCUCGGGUUUAAAUCGGCUGCGGCCUUAGACUUGAAGUCAAGGUUGACUGGGAAUCCGGGGGGGGAGGCGGACAGUCGUAAGCACGUGGUUGUGGUCAGAGGCUUUGAAGUCGACACGUUUAACAGAGACAUUACGCACUAA